AGUGGAAAGGCUACGCGCAUGCGCAGACCAGUUUUGACACAUCUGUCACAUCUUUUGUUGUAAACUACACAAUCUAAACAACGAGCACGGCCAAAUAUCACGGAAAUACGACGCGCUUUCCCCUCACCAUGACAUCACGCGUUGGUCCCAGAGCUGCUGGUAUCAAUGGAAGUGAAUACAAACCAAGAGAGAGGGUGAUCGCCCCACAAUACCAAAUGUGUGCUGCCCUGAAGUCAGAGGUGCGUAAGUUAAACCUGGUCCACCUUCUCCUCUGGCUGCUGGUUGCAGCACAGGUGUGUGUCAGCCACUUCGACCUGGUGUCACAUGAUACGGUGUCCAUGCCGUACCAGUGGGAGUACCCCUACCUGCUCAGCCUCCUCCCUCUGCUCUGCAGCAGCCUGUCACUGCCAAAUAACAACAUCAGUUAUAUGGUGUUAUCCAUGAUCAGCGCUGGGCUGUUCUCUAUAGCACCUCUCAUUUAUGGUGGAAUGGAGAUGUUUCCUGUGGCGACGCAGCUCUACCGCCACGGAAAGGCCUACCGCUUUAUUUUUGGCUUCUCUGCAGUGACUGUCAUGUACCUCAUCAUGGUGGUCGCUGUUCAAGUGCAUGGCUGGCAGUUAUACUACAUGAAAAAACUGUUAGACUCAUGGUUUGACACCACUCAGGAGAAGAAGAAGAAAUAAUAGAGUGAAGAAGGCAAACUGGGCAAAACUGUGUUUUUAUGUUCAUGUAUUUAUAAGAUCUGCAUCUUAUUUAUUCAGUCACUUUUCUGAUGUAACAUACGUUGGGCACCAGUGUUUUCUGACCCAGAUGUACAAUAGCGUGAGAUGUACAAUGUAUGAAGAAAAAAAAAAUGAUUUUCUGUCAUUAUUUAUUUAAAGCGGAUGAUAAGGGUUGAGCACACACAUCCGGAGUGGAAUUAAAGCAACAUCCAUGCAUGAACACAUUUCAAUCUUCUUGUUUCUUCUUCAACAGUCUAGACUGCAUAUUUUCUACCAACAGAGAACUACGUAAUUUAUAACAAAUACUGUCUCCGUAAUAUAAGUCUACCUCUCACAUAAAUGUUUGUAUCAGAAUGCAUGUAAGCCAUUAAAAAGAAAAGUGAUAAAAAAUA